UUUCCCCUUCCAUGUGAAUCACUGAGAUCCUUCUAUCCCCUGCUCAUUCUGCACAUGCUUUGCUCUAGGCACUUCCCUUCAUGGUUUGGCUGCAAACUGACAGUUGCACGAGAGGCAGGGGGACCCCUGGGAAACUACAGAGCAACACCGCCAACCUACAGUAGAGGCAACUGAUCGCUGAUUACCAGAGCAACUAUGGCCGAGCUGUGUGAAUCUGAAGGCCCCGUAGACUGGGAAGAGAGAUGUAUGACGCUGGAGACCCAGCUAAUGAAGUUCCGCAUCCAGGCCAAUAGGAUCCGAGAACUUUUAGCAGAGAAGAUGCAGCAGCUGGAGAGACAAGUCACGGAGGCUAAUCGCCGGGCAGAAAAGGCAUAUGAGCAGGUACAAGUCAUGGAGGAAAAGCUAAAAGCAGCCAAUAUCCAGACCAGUGAAGCAGAAACUCGGUGGUACCAGAAGAGCCAAGACUUAGAGGAGCUGGUGCAAGAGAAGGAUGAUAUUAUUCACUGUCUGGAGCAGGAACUUGAAGAUCAGAAGCAAAUCCGGAUAGAAGAAGCAAAGAUGAUAGAAGACAAGGCAGCAAAGAUAAAAGACUGGGUCACGUCAAAACUCAGAGAGCUGGAAAUUGAGAAUCAGAAUCUUCGUCUAAUCAAUAAAAAUUUCAACGAAGAGAUCGUUGCUCUGCGUUCCAAGUUACAAGAGAUCAAGGAUAAAAAAUCUACGGCGGUUGCCACACAGAAGCCGCCGGAAGGUCAGCGACUGAGUAGUUUGACUUUUGGAUGUUUUCAAAAUAGAGCAAAAAGCCCCCAGGUGGAUCCGAAAUGUGAAGAAAACAACAAGUCAUCACCGGAAACAACAGACGUCAGCUACGAUAAUACCAUAAAAGAAAAGUCUCACAGUAUACAAUGGCAAGAUGUUUCUGAUGCCCAGACAGCUUUAUCGCGAUGUAGGAAAGGACGGGUCUGCGCAGAAAUCCCAAGUAUCAGUAUCAGUGACUGGAGCUCAGAAGAAGACAUUAAGAGUCCCCAGGUUAAUGCUAGGUCAGUGUCCUCACCCUCCAGUCAAAUUUCAGAAGAAGACAAAUGGAACAGCAGAGCUGGUAGUGACCUCUAUCUAACGGUUUCAGAAGACAGCAAUUCUGCUUGUGAAGAAGAAAGUGUUGAGCCGCAUAAUAAUAAUGACCAAGCAGUGUUGUACUCCUUGCAGAGAGGGUUGCAAAGAAGCCCUCAACAUCUGUUCAAUGGCCAAAAAUACUUCAUAUUUUCAAAUCAAAGGGCAAAGCUGGAGAAAUCUACUGAAGAACUGAACAAUAAAUAUUCAUUCCCAGGUCUAGACGACACGUUGUUUUCCAGUGAGACCAGCCCAACAUUUUCAUCCAAGAAUGUAAACUCAACGCCAAGGCCAGGAGGCCAGCGUUCAACCCCUAAAGACUCGACCACCAACCUACCUUCUCCCAAGCAACGGACUCCUAAUAUCUUAAGCAUUAAUGAGGCUUCAGCCAAGAAGCACCUCAGUCAGCCACAGAUGAGCUCCGACAGAAUGUUUGGUAAAAACAGGAAUGCUAUUAGCAUGGUGAAGCCAUACUGUCCCCAGGAGACUGACAUCGAUUUGAUUGAUGAGCAGAGUAGCACUUUCCUAAAGAUGGAUACUAGCUAUGAUGGAAUUUCAUUUUCAUACAAUAUGAGAUCCAGCCAAAACUCACUAGACAAAGGCACAGAAAAGGCGAAUUAUGCCAAACCCCCGACGCCUCCACUACAUCGAUUUCCUUCUUGGGAAAACCGGAUAUACGCCAUUGCCAAGUCAGGAUUGAGAAUGUCUAAUGUUUCUUCCGAGGCCAACAAUAAAGGUACCUUAAUAACAUCAGCAUCAACAUCAGGAGUCUACACGUCUCUUAUAUACAAGAAUCUGACAACGCCAGUAUACACCACUUUGAAAGGGAAAGCAACUCAGAUUAGCACCAGUCCUUUGGAGGAUUCUUCUAGUUCUGAGGAGGAGGAGAGUUCUUGUUCGAGUUCUCAGACCUCGGAAUCAGACUGUCGGAACCAGAGUGAUGCAGGAAGCCCUCGCGUCUUGAAGAGAGGCAUCUCCUUCUCCUCCAUGACUUCAGACAGUGAUUAUGCGAUUCCCCCUGAUGCAUAUUCAAUCGACAGUGAAUUCUCAGAACCAGAACAGAAGCUUCCAAAAACCUGUUCCUCAUCAAAUGACAAUGGCAAAAAUGAGCUUCUAGAAAAGUCCGGGUAUUUGCUAAAAAUGGGAGGCAAAAUAAAAACUUGGAAGCGGCGAUGGUUCGUACUUAAAGGAGGGGAACUGCUGUACUACAAAUCUCCAAGUGAUGUCAUCCGGAAACCACAAGGUCAGAUUGAGUUAAAUUCAUCCAGCCACAUCCUCAAAGGUGAUGGGAAGCAAACUGUCCAGUUGGUGACUGAGAAGCGCACAUACUAUCUGACGGCAGAUUCCCCCAAUAUCCUGGAUGAAUGGGUCCGAGUUUUACAGAAUGUAAUGAAAGUGCAGGCAGCGAGUGUGCUGUUCACACAACCAGAUGUCAAACCGACGGUGAAGGGUUUUCUCACCAAGGUUAAACAUGGAUAUUCAAAGCGAGUCUGGUGUACAUUGGUUGGCAAAACCUUAUAUUACUUCCGAAGUCAGGAGGAAAAGUUUCCUUUGGAACAAAUCAAACUUUGGGAAGCGAAAGUUGAGGAAGUGGACAGAUCCUGCGAUUCUGAUGAAGAUUAUGAGACCAGCGGACGGAGUUUGUUAUCAACCCAUUACACCAUUGUAAUUCACCCCAAAGAGCAAGAUCCCACAUACCUCCUUAUUGGAUCCAAGCAAGAGAAAGAGACUUGGCAUUAUCACUUAACCAUGGCCGCUGGAAUGACUGGUGCCAACGUGGGGACUGAGUUUGAGCAGCUGGUUUGCAAGCUUUUGAGUUCCGAAGGAGAACCAUGCACCCAGAUUUGGAGGCAUCCGGUUCUCUGCCACAGUAAAGAAGCAAUAACUUCUGCACUCACCACUUUGCCUUCAGAAGCCCUACAAACUGAAGCACUUAAAUUAUUUAAGACCUGUCAGUUAUUCCUCAAUGCGGCUGUGGAUUCGCCGGCCAUUGACUACCAUGUGUCCCUGGCCCAGAGUGCCCUGCAGGUUUGUCUGACCCACCCGGAGCUGCAGAAUGAGAUUUACUGUCAGCUGAUUAAACAGACGAGGCACCGGCAGCCAAACAACCAGGCCAGUCCCAUCCAGGGUUGGCAGCUACUCGCUCUCUGCACGGGGCUCUUCCUUCCCCAGUUCCCAUAUAUCUGGCUGCUGAAGCUUUACUUGAGCAAAAAUGCUGAUAUCAGGACUGAAGCGGGGAAAUACGCCAUUUACUGCCAGCGCUGCGUGGAGAGGAGUCAGCAGAAUGGCGACCGCCAAGCCAAACCUUCCAGGAUGGAAAUCCUCUCCAUUCUGCUGAGGAACCCGUAUCACCAUUCCCUACCAUUCAGCAUCCCUGUGCAUUUCAUGAACGGAACAUAUCAGGUGGUCGGAUUUCACGCAUCGACCACAGUAGAAGAAUUCCUAUAUACGCUCAACCAGGACAUUGGCAUGAGGAAGCCGGGGCUCUCGGGAUUCGCUCUCUUUACAGAUGAUCCGUCAGGAAAGCAUUUUGAGCACUGCCUACAGUGGAACCUCAAAAUCUGUGACAUCAUCUCAAAAUGGGAACAAGCGUCCAAAGAGCAGCACCCUGGGAAAUGCGACGGCUCCCGCACAGUACGGCUCACCUACAAGAACAGACUUUGCUUUGCAGCACAAACGCGGGGAGAAACGGAGAAAGAAAAGCUGCUAUUAAUGUACCAGACAAAUGAUAAAAUAGUUCAUGGAAUGUUCCCAGUCAAUAAGGAGUUGGCAGUGGAACUGGCCGCACUGUUGGCCCAGGUAGAAAGUGGAGAUUUUGAACGUCCAUCACAAACUGCUCCGUGUCAAGGGAAGUCGAGCCAAGCAGUAAAUCAAGCCUUGGAGAAAUUCUACCCAAAGAGAUAUAAAGAUGACUGCUCCGAAGAACAACUCAAUUAUAUUUUAGCUGUGAAACAAAUAUAAAGCUCACCCCAAAUCUCAGCCUCAGGCUUCCCAUGUCUACAGCUCUGGACGCCUUUUGGUGGGAGGGCCACGGAGUUACUUCAGACUGAAACGUG